UGCCAUUAUGUGGAUUGUAGUAUGAUCCGCUAAAUAUUAUGCCCACUGACAACAACCUACUAACACAACAACAACAGCAUUUUAACAGCUUAACACAUGAAUCUCAAUUGGAUAAACUGAAACUAGGAACUCUACUCUCAACAUCCAGCAUUAAAACAUUAAAUUUGAAUUACUACUUAAUUAAUUAUUUCAUAAAAGAAAACAAAUUCCUUAAGCAUAAUGUCCAAUAAUAAUCCCUCUAAUUCGGCAUUUGUGCCGGUAUUGCCCUCACAUCGUAAUGUUUUAAGGGGGCCUGGCUCCCUUUAUGCGGGCAUGAUGGAGGCCGAGGCUAACAAGGAUCCCAAUAAACGGGGUUCAAAUUUUGAAAUCAUGGCUAUGAUGGCGGACAAACGUAAAGAGCUGGCUCUACGAGAGGCUGCUGUAGCGGCUGCCAUGUUAAUGCCUCGCCCUGGUCAAGUGCCUCCUCAAGGGGUACCAGGUUCCGUUAUGUAUCCCCCACCUUAUAUGGGUGGUCCCGGCCCCUCACCCACUGGAGCGGGUAGUUUUACGUUUCCACCGGGCGCGGCUGCCCUGUUUCCUCCCGGUAUGCCACCCAGCAUGCAUGCUGGCUUAGAUAGACGUCUUCUGCGUGCUCCUGGUAGAGCUUCAAGGCCUAAGAAGCAAUUUAUUUGUAAAUUUUGUAAUCGUCAAUUCACCAAGUCCUAUAAUCUACUAAUCCAUGAAAGAACUCACACCGAUGAAAGGCCCUAUUCAUGUGAUAUUUGUGGCAAGGCUUUUAGGCGACAGGAUCAUUUAAGAGAUCAUAGAUAUAUACACUCCAAGGAGAAACCCUUCAAAUGCACCGAAUGUGGCAAAGGUUUUUGUCAAUCCCGCACCUUGGCCGUUCAUAAAAUACUGCACAUGGAAGAAUCACCCCAUAAGUGUCCCGUAUGCAGCCGUAGUUUCAAUCAACGUUCCAACUUAAAGACUCAUCUGCUAACGCAUACCGAUCACAAGCCCUACGAAUGCAAUUCGUGUGGCAAAGUGUUUCGACGUAAUUGCGAUCUGAGGCGUCAUACCCUAACGCAUGCUGUGGGUGAUGUGCCGGGUGAAUAUGUGGAUGUGGUGGAAGAAGAGGAUGAUGCACGCAAUUUAAGUGGCGAUGAAGAAGAUUCUCUGCUCGAAGUGGACUCACCGCGUCAGUCACCCGUACAAAGACAUUUGGCGGGUUCACCCGGCCACGAAUUGGAGGCGGAAAAUGAAGCGGAUGAAGAGUUAGAGGGUGAUCAGCGUAUAUCUAUGGCUGAACGUUUGACCUUGAAGCGUAAGGCUCAGUUUGAUCGUGAGCUUUUGGAUGAAGAAUCUGACGAAGAAUUGGCUGAGGACAAUGACGAAGAGGAGGAGGAAACUGCUGAAGCUGAAGACAAUUCUGCUGUAAAAGAAGAGGUAAUGGAAAAGAAUUAUCGUAAAACUGAGCAGGAUGUGGUGGAUGGUCCAGUUAGAAAUCAAAAUCAGGGUGUUACACAUUGCCACCAUGAAGGUGGCGAACAGUAUACCAUGCGUCCCACACAAGACCAGCAAAGAGCAGCGGAAGAAUUUGCACUGCUUAAUGCAGCCAAUGGUAUUCUAACAAUGCCGCCACAACCACCAGACUAUGUAACUAUGCCUGGUAGCAGCGGGGUUAUAGCAAAUUAUAUGGGUAACAUGGCUAAUCAUUCAGCCAGAGAUUCAAAUGAUCCCUAUAUGCCUCUGUUGCAUGUACGUCGAGAUCUCCACACUAAGAAUCUAAUGCAAAGUCCUACAGAUUUAAAGGUACAAACUCAAACAGGAGCCCUGCCUACAGCAUCACUGCCAGUUAUUAUAGAUGCUACACGUAUACAAGCCCCACAGCAUCCAGCUCCCUUGCAUUCUCCUCACGAGCCUGUGCCCAGUUUUUUGGGUUCAAUACCCAUACGCAAACGGGCGUUGGGAGUAGAAUUCGAACAUAUUCACGCCUUAAGUCAAAGAGGACCUCCAUUCCCCGGUAAUGCCAAUAUUUAUGCUUUAAAUAUGUCGCGCCCGCAUUUACAUGCUUUACAAACGGCUGCCGCCGCUUCAGUUAUCAAGCUAGAGGCCUCAGUGCCGCCUUCACAUUUAGGCCCACCACCGCCUAAUAUGACCUCCAAGCCGGGACCCUAUCUACCCACCAACUACCAUCUAAACCAGCCACCACCACCAUCUUCCAGUAAAUCCACCUCUAUAGCAGAGUCUUAUUUACAUCACACUAAUCGAAAUUCUCACCAUGAAGCUACUACGUCUACACCAGCCUCUUCAGCAGCAACGAGUUCAUCAUCUCAGACCUCAAGUUCAUCGUCUGCGUUAGCGGGUCCCAGCCAUAAUCAGCCGCCAGCCAAUCUAGCGCCGCCGCCGCCUGUUAAACGUACCGGUUUUAGUAUAGAAGACAUAAUGAGACGCUAAUUUUAUAUACUUACAGACACUUAUGUAUAGUUUUGUCAGUUCAGUUAUUUAGAGAAAAUAUUAAUUAAUUGCUUAAUUAUUAUUAGAUUUUUAUUAUUUUAUUAAAUGAGUUUAAAUUUUGAUAGUUAAAAAACCACUAUUUCUAGUAGUUGCUUAAGUUAGUUUUGUAGCGGAU